UUGAUCAUAUAGACUAGGAUUUAGCCAUGUUUAGGUUGCAAUGCCCAUCAUCGAUGCUUUCAUGUUGAUUCCUCAAUACAACAAGUUCCUGAAAGAUGUUGUAGCUGCAAAGAAGAAGGAAAUGGAAAGCAUGAUGAUUCUUACCCAUGAGUGCAGUGCCAUCAUCCAAAGGCUUGAUGUUCCAGAGAAGUUAGAGGAUCCAGGAUGCUUUACACUACCUUGUGCUCUUGGACCUAUGGUAUUUGAGAAAUGUCUCUGCGAUUUGGGAGCUAGUGUCAGCGUGAUGCCUUUGUCUGUUGCAAAGAAGCUUGGAUUCACUCAGUACAAGAAGUGUAUACUCUCUCUGGUGUUAGCUGAUCGUUCAGUGAAGUACCCUGUGGGCAUCUUAGAGGACCUACCUGUGAAGAUUGGAAGGUAUGAGAUACCUACAGAUUUUGUGGUGCUUGAGAUGGGUGAGGAGGCUCAAGACCCAUUGAUUCUUGGAAGGCCAUUCUUAGCUACAGCAGGAGCAAUUGUUAAGUUGAAAGAGGGCACGAUUGAUCUCCAUUUGGGUAAAGGGCAUGUUCUCCACUUUGACAUCAAGGAGAAAAUGAAGAAAUCAACUGUGUUCGGGCAAGCCUUCUACAUUGAAUAG